UUGAGUAAAGCAAGCAGGCUGGUUUGUGAGUCAUUGUAGCACCUGCCUACUUGAGGCCAAGUUUACUAGCUUAGUUGUGGGAACUGGAAACCAGGUCUAGAGACUAAGGCUUUCUCAGUGCCCUUGUCAGCUCACAACAGAAGUGAUCAGCCUUGAGUUGAGGAAAUUGUGGCUGGACAGGCAGCAAGGCAGUUCUGUCCCCAUCGUCUUCCUGCUGACGGGUAGCUGCCGAGUCCAUGCACAGCUGAGCACCUAAGGCAAAGAGGAGUGCAUUUGACCCCCAAGUCCUGUGAGGAUGUUGGGGCAAGUUGUUACCCUCACACUCCUCCUGCUCCUUAAGGGGCAGCAGGGCCAAGAAUGCCCAGAUUCUACUGACAACUAUGUGGUUUGCCUUACUGGAAAGCCUGUCAAGCUCAGACCUCCCAAACCACAGACAAAGACAAAGAUAUACUCUGUUGAAUGGAAGCUCCAACAGCCCAAGAAUUAUUUUGCAAUAAUGACAUGGAAGAAUAAUUCUAGUCAGAUGAAUGUUUAUGAAAGUAGAUUUAGUUUUGACAAUGAAGACUUAACUCUUCUCAUUGAAGGAGCUAACCCACAGGACAGUGGUCUAUAUACAAUGGAGGUCACAGAGGAGUCUGGGAGUGUUUGCACUGUGUCCUUCAAUGUGUCAGUAUUGGAUCAUGUUGAGAAGCCCCAACUGUGGGCGCAGUGGAAAGCCCUUGAUGAAGGGAUAUGUCAAGUGGCUCUGUCCUGCCUGGUCCCUAGGGAUGACUAUGUGAGUUACACUUGGUACAGAGGGAGUGAGGUGAUUGCCACACAGAAGAACCAUACCUACGUGGAGGAGCAGAUCCAUGUCAGUGGCCCACACACAUACACCUGCAAUGUCAGCAACCCUGUCAGCUGGGACAGCCAUUCCUUUAACCUCACCCAGGGCUGUCUGGGAGACUCCUUGACAUCCCGAUUUCUGCUCUUUUUGGUGAUCAUCCUGGUUCUAAUCAUACUGUUCGUUGGAAGCCUGGCUGGCUGGUAUGUGUGGGAGCAGAAGAAGAAGCAGUCACAGACCCGUUCCCAGAGAAUUCUGACUGUUUAUGAAGAUGUCAAAGACCUGCAAGUCACGAGGAAUCAAAAGCAGAAUGAAGAGCAGAAAUCUCCUGGAGAAGGGAGCACCAUCUACUCUAUGGUCGAGCUCCAGUGUUCAGCCUCCACAUCACAAGAAACUACUAAAACAUUAUAUUCAAUGAUACAUCAUUCUCGGAAGAAGAGGAAUCACAGUUCUUCUGGCACUUGCACCAUCUACGAAGAGGUUGGAAAUCAAUGCCCCAAGGAUCAUAAUCCUUCCUGACUGAGCCACAAGGAACUGGAGAGCUUUGAUAUUUACCCCUAAAUGUUGCAGCCGAUCUUGCCUUCUUUUAUACCUGCUCUGGGAAUCAACACAACAAAUGAUGUCAUAUGUAUCUAUGUAUCUAUAUGUAUCUAUGGAACAAACUCGUGAAUGGAAAUAAUACAGAAAUGUACUCAGGGUCUAUAUUUUGUUUAGAAAAUGAUUUCUAACAGUCCCUACAAGAGCAAUUUGUAGACCAGACAAGAAUGGGUGGAGAGGUUGUGUUGGUCACAUUCUGGCUUAUUUUGUCUAUAAAGCUCUAUGAACAUGUAGAGUAGAGAUACCCUCCUUCUAUUUCUAACCUGUUCCAUUUCUGGGUCCUCCCCUUGCUCAGGAUCACCUUCCACAGCAAGGUCAAGGAAAGAGAUGGUUACUCCAAGAAAGAGGAAGCCACUUUCCCCCAUGAGGCCGUGAUUUCCGCUGUUAGUUGGCUGGCAGCUCUUGCUGAAAAUCAGAGCCUGGGCUUCACUCAAAUGCAGGGGACCCCUCUCCCCCAUUUUCACCUUUCCCUUUGGCCAAUUGACCAUAAGGGGCAGCAAGGCAGGAAAGAGAGGUGAUGUAGAACUGGUCCAUCUUUGAAUAGAAAAAUCACCCAGCGUACUCACUGUCUUGGUAAUUUGGUGAUUGAGGCCAAAUUUAUCUACAGUGUGAUGUUUGAUUGACAAUGACACAUGAUUAGAUACCUAUUUUGUGUUAUUUACAAGAGCAGCCUCUUAGCAACCACAUUCUAUUUAAGUUCUGGGUCUGUCAAAUGGUCCCAUGGUAUACCCUGGAGGGAGGGCUCAGAUGUUGAGAGCUGAAGAUGAGGCAGACGCUAUGCUGGGUUCCCUGUGUUUUCAAGCCAACCCCUUUAGCAAGCUGUGGGGAUCAAGAUUUAGAGUCUAAGACCAAGGAAGAGAUAAGGGUAAACUAGGACUUACUGCAGACUCCUGCAGAUGCUGCUGCUUAGAAGCUGGUUCUUCAAUCAUUUCACCCUGCAUUUAGCAUGUAAAUUUAAUAUACAAUUUUUAAUGUUA